AAGAGAAAUUUUUUCAUGUAAGAAGUCAAAAUGACGCCAACCGGGAGUGAUACGAGGUUUAAAUUUAGAGAUCUGAUUUAUAUUGGAAUAUCAAUGCCAGUCUCUCUAAUCAUUUAUGUAGGCGGCAAAAUUUAUUCAAGUGCAACAAAUUAUAACGAGUUCACAUUAACUCCAUGGAGGUCAUUUCUCUGUUCUCUUUUUCCAUUCUUGAUGUGUGUUUAUGGCUACAAAAGAAAUUCUAUAAAUCUGUCUGGAGCUGUUUCUGGAAUUAUCGUAGCAAUUCUUUUAACAGUCGCAUCACCCGUUUAUCUCGUUACUUUGGCUGCUUUCUUCUUCAGUAGUUCAAAGGCCACAAAAUAUCGACAAGAUGUCAAAAGAAAAAUAGAAAAAGAUUUUAAAGUCGGUGGACAGAGAAAUUGGGUUCAGGUUUUAUGUAACGGAGGUGUUGGCGGCUUCUUAGCUUUAUGCCAUCUUAUUGAAUGUGGAGUUGGCGAACGACCAGUUGAUUUUGAAAACGAAUAUAUUGCAAGUUGGCUUGGUGUUGCUGUGAUGGCUUCAUUUGCCUGUUGUAAUGGUGACACUUGGGCAUCUGAACUAGGAAUUUUUUCAAAGGCUGAUCCAGUGUUGAUCACUUCAUUUAAAAAAGUUCCGCGAGGAACAAAUGGUGGUGUUUCAUCGUGGGGAUUAUUUGUAAGUUUCGCUGGUGGAAUUUUUAUUGGGAUUUUUUACUAUAUUGCGACAAUAAUUUUUGUCGAUUCUGAAGUAAUGCAAAGUAGUCCAAAUCAAUAUCCAAUAAUAUUAAUUGGAGGGAUUGCUGGGAUUUUCGGAUCAGUAGUUGAUUCUUACUUGGGUGCAUUAUUUCAGUUUUCUGGUCUAACAAAAGAAGGUUUUGUUGUGGAAAAUCCAAAUGAAGCCGUGAAGAAAAUAAGCGGAAGUUUCAGAAUACUUAACAAUCACAGUGUGAAUUUUAUCAGCUGCUUUAUAAGUUCCAUCACAAUACCUGCCUUGAGCUUUGCCUUAUCGGGAUUUUUUACUUAUUCUGCUCAAUAAGAAAAUUGGCGAAAAUCUUUGAAUCCCUGGCCAGUUUUAGAUUGUAAUCCGUUAACAUUAUUUUGUAAGAAAACAAUGAGAUCGAACUUAUAUAUUCAGUACUUGUACCUAAUUGAAUUCUUUUACUUAAUAAAAUGUCUAAACAUUGAAAGCGCA